AUGCCUCAAAGAUCGGAGACAGUGCUGGGCAAGCAGCAAGAUGUUUUUGAUCCCCAGGACCUUGAGCCCGAGGAUGUUGAUCCAGAGGUGUGGUUCGGCACUGACGACCCAAUUCCGCCUGAAUUUCCGGAAGGUUCAGAGGAAGAUGAAGGGGACGACGGAGUUGUCGAGCUGAUGCAGCAGGGCGUUGCCUUUAUCAACCAGAUGAAGGCGACGCGGCCAGAAAUAUUACGUGGAGUCCGUGUUUGGAAGCUGUUGCAUUUUUUGCCACCGACGUGGCUACGAGGCAAUCUCACGGAUCUGUACGGAUUGAGUCAGCAGACAACGCAUCUGGAUCAGUUUUGGUCCCACAGCUGGCAAGGGUCGCAGUGGACCAAGUAUGUCAAUAUGCUUUACCUGCAUAAUUGUAUGCCGGCCAGCAUCGCAGGAGCAUUGAGCACCGGCGUAGCCUGCGGCCUCGUCUCAGCAGGAUUUCUGGGUGCACGACAAGGAUGGUGUCUGCUGUUCGGGUUUGUGGCCUUUUGGAUAGCCUUGUUAUUUUGGCGUCCACGAAAGCUGGUGUUUUUUGACAUCGCAUGCAUUCACCAAACUGACGAGCUGAGAAAGGAAGAGGGCAUCAUAAGUAUGGGUGCAUUUUUGAAUCAGUCGACUUCCAUGCUGAUUCUGUGGGAUCCUACGUGGGUCACAAGACUGUGGUGCAUCUUCGAAGUCGCUGCAUUUCUACACAGCCGCAGUCCCGGCUGCAAGGCAAAUCUACAGAUUAUUCCUCCCUUGCUAGGGCCAACGAAUCUGGGCUUUGAGAUGCUAGUCUGCGUGCUAGACGCACUGUACUUCUACAUUGAAUCCUCUUCAGACGAGGCAGUCGUGGGAGAACAGUUUUUAUUGCUCUUUGGUCCUUUGUUCCUGCUUUUCGGCAUCGUGGUGCACGCUUGGCGAGGUUAUGCCCGCAGCAUUGAGACACUGCAAGAGCAACUCCGUGAGUUUAAGGUUGAGCAUGCGAGAAGCGCGUGCUGCGAUGGCAAUGAAGACAAGCCUCGACCCGACCGUGAGAUUAUUCUUCAGUGCAUCGCUGCGUGGUACAACUCACUGGGCAGCUUUGAAUCGCAAGUGCAAACGGAAGUGCGGAUGACCGUCAUCGAUCAGCUUGGAUACAAAGUCUUCUCUUAUCAGCGCGUCUUGCUAGUGUUGACUCCACAUGCCUGGUUUCGUCUUGAGUAUGCAGCCAGCCAUGCAGGAGAUCCCAUCCGGCAGAUAGUCGACCUCGCCCAGAUGUUCACUUAUGUGCUAGCCAUUUUCCCGCUGGUGGAUCAACUGGGAAUCCGUGCAUGCUUCCGCUUGCGAAGACGAUGUCGUAAGCUAUACUUGGACUUCUUGCUAUCGAUGGCCAUCGUGUUCGGGGCUUUAAUGCUCUUCGUCGCCUGCUAUGCGAUCCAGCUCUAUGUCUUCCGUCAAAACUAUGUCGUGCGUCAAAACAGACCGGAGCUUUUCCUGAGUGUGAUCUCAAUGCUUGCAUGGUGGACGGUCACAGCCAUCCUGUGGCGAUUCAUUUGA